UGAUUACAAUUUGCUCUUCGAAAACUCCGGAAGUGAUUCCUCCUCGCCAGAAAGGCGGAUGUGAGGUCACGGCAUCCGCUGGCUCCCUCCACGUCGACCAGUCCCCAUGGAUGACCUGACCCAAGCCCUCUCGGCCAGCUUUGCUGUGUCCAAGGAGCCCAACAGUACGGCCGCGCCGCACCCUCGGCUGUCCCAGUACAAGAGCAGAUACAGCGUGCUGGAGCAGAGCGAGCGUCGCCGGCGCUUCCUUGAGCUGCAGAAGAUUAAAAGGUUAAACUACGUCGACCACGUGCGGCGUCUGGCCAAUGGCGACUGGGCGGGGGCGGACGGCGAUGGGGAGCAGGACAUGGACAAGCAGGAGGAGGACAAAGAGGAGAAGGGGAAACAGCAGCCAGAUGGCAACGCCGAAGAAGAGGAGAUGGAGAUUGAGAGAAGAAAACUACCAAAGCAUUAUGCCAACCAGCUCAUGCUGUCAGAGUGGUUGGUGGACGUCCCAGCAGAGCUGGACUCGGAUUGGCUGAUGGUGGUCUGUCCUGUGGGCAAAAGAUCCCUCAUUAUUGCCUCCAAGGGGUCGACUGCGGCGUACACAAAAAGUGGCUACUGCGUGAACCGGUUCCCCUCCCUGCUGCCCGGUGGGAACCGCCACAACUCGGCCAUGGGAAAAGAUUACACCAUCCUGGACUGCAUUUACAGCGAGGUGGAUCGGACCUUCUACAUCUUGGACGUCAUGUGCUGGAGAGGCCAUCCGGUCUACGACUGCCCGACCGAUUUCCGUUUCUACUGGCUCCAGUCCAAAGUGCAGGAGACGGACGGCCUGACCGAGAUUGCCAAACGCAACCCCUUUCGUUUCGUGAACCUCCAGAGCAGCGAGUGCACGGCGGAGUCCAUACAUAAAGCCCUGGCAGCCGACUACAGCUUCAGCGUGGACGGUCUUCUGUUCUACCACCGGCAGACUCACUACACGCCCGGCAGCACCCCGCUGGUGGGCUGGCUGCGCCCCUACAUGGUGGCCGACAUCCUGGGCGUGGAGGUCCCCCACGGACCGCUGACCGCCAAACCCGAAUACGCCCGCCACCAGCUGCAGCAGAUUCGGGAGCACAAAAAGACCUCCGGCGAGGUGCGUCCGGCCAGCCGGGAUGGCGGCUACGAGCUGGAGCACCUGUCCACGCCCGCCCAAGACAACGGCCACAACCACAGACACAUCCAGGAAGCGCAAAUGGAGGACUUGAUGUGACUGCUCGAUAAUCGCUGACUCACCUACGGUCCUCUCCUUUUAUUUAGAACCUCUCCCUGAAAAUCUCUCCUAGGUGCACAGAAGUGUUCGAUUCAUCUUCCUUGAUCAUUCGGGUUGAAAGCGGUGGGGAAUUUCUGGGAAUAUCCUUGAAUGUAAACAAUUUGUACAGUCGUAAGACUGCCGUGCAAAGUCUUCCAAUUUCAAAGGAUGACAUUUCAACAGAUGUAUCAGUGGGAAGGAGUUUUACGUGUUUUAUCGAGCAGUCAGUUCUUUCAUUAGAUGACAAAGAUGUGGAUGUUGAGCUAAACAUUACUCAUCGCCCCGAGCCAACCCAUUUCAAAGAGAUUAAAAAUACACCACCAUCCCAAAAUGUCCAACAGAAAAUGUUCGAUGAAAGUAGGCCCUCUUUUCGGUGGCCCUGAGGUGCAAAAACAAAUAUUAAACGCAACUGCAAAAAAAGACGAAUUUUAACUGACAAAUGGUGAAACACCCAAAACAUAAACACAAGAGUACGGUAAAUGAAAAAGAGCCAAUCUUCAAUUUUAUAAGUUCCUGGUUACUGAGUCAUUCAUUUCGCUUAAUUUCCAUUCAUUUCUGCAGAACACUUACGACUUCAAAAAUCCUGGAAUUUCGAAACCCUGUUUGCUGGGUUAUUUUGAUCAAAUAACACAAGU